ACUGACACCAUGGAGAAGAAGAACCAGAGGGGGAGAGUGAGUGAGUCUGUGUUGCUGGGUUUCCCAGCUCCUGUGCCACUGCAGGCACUAUUAUUUGCCCUUUCUCUGCUGGCCUAUGUGUUGGUGCUGACUGAGAACACACUCAUCAUUAUGGCAAUCAGGAACCACCCCAGCCUCCACAAACCCAUGUACUUCUUUCUGGUUAACAUGUCCUUCCUGGAGAUUUGGUACGUUACUGUCACUAUUCCCAAGAUGCUAGAUGGCUUUGUUGGGUCCAGACAGGCAGGGCAGCUAACCUCCUUUGAGGGCUGCAUGACGCAGCUCUACUUUUUCCUGGGCCUGGGAUGCACUGAGUGUGUCCUCCUCACAGUGAUGGCUUAUGAUCGUUAUGUGGCCAUCUGCCAUCCUCUCCACUACCCUGUCAUUGUCAGUGGCCGGCUGUGUGUGCAGCUGGUAGCUGGGUCCUGGGCUGGAGGUUUUGGCAUCUCCAUGGUCAAAGUUUUUCUCAUUUCUCACCUCUCUUACUGUGACCCCAACAUCAUCAACCACUUUUUUUGUGACGUCUCCCCAUUGCUCAACCUUUCAUAUACUGACAUGUCCACAGCAGAGCUUAAAGACUUUGUCCUGGCCAUUUUUAUACUGCUGGGGCCACUCUCUGUCACCGGGGCCUCCUAUAUGGCCAUCACCAGUGCUGUGAUGUGCAUUCCCUCAGCUGCUGGGUGCCAUAAAGCCUUUUCCGCCUGUGCCUCUCACCUCACUGUUGUGGUCAUCUUCUAUGCAGCCAGUAUCUUCUAUGCAGCCAGUAUCUAUGCCCGUCCAAAGGCAAUCUCAGCCUUUGACACCAACAAGCUGGUGUCUGUACUCUACGCUGUCAUUGUACCACUGCUCAACCCUAUCAUUUACUGCUUGCACAACCAAGAGGUAAAGAGAGCCUUACGCCGUACUCUGUGCCUAUACCAGGGCUGUGAUGCUAAGCCUGGGAAAGCUAGAAGAGUUGGGUAG